GAGUGACUCGUCCGACCCCUCUCGGCUGCUGCCGCCGCCGCCGCCGCUGCCUCCACCCUAGUGGGUGGGGACCCCGCCCCGCCCUGCCCGGGCUGCGGCGGCGGCUCCCUCUCUCCCCCUCCCUGACCCUCCCACCCGAGGUCCCAGCCUCUACUUACCCGGCCAGCCCUGGGAGGCUCGCAGAGCGAGCGGCGCCGGCGUCAUGUGACGGCCCCGGACUUGGUGCCAGGAGCCUGGGAGACUGAGCGCGGCGGAGAGAGAGAGAGCAGCGAGAGCCGUGCACGCAGCGCGCCGAGCCGGGCAGCCGGGCAGCCGGAACAGGGAGCCGGAGCCGGGAGGCAUCCACCUCCAUCCCCGCCGGAGAGGGGCCCGCCGCCCCCCGCGCCCUCCUUCCUGACCCCAUUCUUCUCCCUCCACCUCCUCCUUCUCCUCCUCAUCCUUGGCGGCCGUGCAUGGUCGCAGGACUUUUCCGCUGACACUGUUGCAUUUGGGGGAUUAAAGGAAACCCUGAUCCUGGGCUUUUAUUUCCUGCCUGCUGCGCUCAGCACUACGGCGCUCAAAACAAAACACAAGAACAUCUUAGAGGAUUUAACUAAAAGAAUGCUGAUGUUUGACCCUGUCCCUGUUAAGCAAGAGGCAAUGGAUCCUGUCUCAGUGUCCUAUCCAUCUAAUUUCAUGGAACAUAUGAAGUCAAACAAGUACAGCGUCAUUUAUUCUACACCGAACAUGUUACACAAUAAAUUCUACCCGGCUCCGGAAGGCCUCAGUUCUAAUGGAAUCCAGAUGGAACCAGUCGAUCUCACAGUGAACAAGCGAAGUUCUCCACCUUCAGCCUCCAAUUCACCUUCCCCGCUGAAAUUUCAGACUUCUCAUAGGCGAGCCUCACCCGGAUUAACUAUGCCUUCGCCUAGCCCGCCUAUGAAAAAGUUCACCCCACCUCCUCCGGGCGUACAGCCCUUCAGCGUGCCAUUGUCCAUCCCUCCGGUGAUGGCGGCUCUUUCUAGACACGGCAUUCGAAGCCCUGGGAUCCUUCCAGUCAUACAGCCGGUUGUUGUGCAACCUGUACCUUUCAUGUACGCAAGUCACCUUCAGCAGCCUAUAAUGGUGUCCACUGUUCUAGCGGACGAGUUAGAAAACACAAGUAGCAUGCAAGUACCUGUAAUUGAAUCAUAUGAGAAGCCUAUUUUACAGAAAAAAAUAAAAAUAGAGCCUGGGAUUGAACCACAGAGGACAGAUUAUUAUCCCGAAGAAAUGUCACCCCCACUAAUGAACUCAGUAUCCCCUCCACAAGUUGCAAUGUUGCAAGAGAACCACCCUUCAGUCAUAGUGCAACCUGGAAAGAGACCUUUACCGGUGGAGUCUCCGGAUACGCAAAGAAAGCGCAGGAUACACAGAUGCGAUUAUGAGGGGUGUAAUAAAGUCUACACCAAGAGCUCUCACUUAAAAGCCCAUAGAAGAACACAUACAGGAGAAAAACCCUACAAAUGCACAUGGGAGGGAUGUACGUGGAAAUUUGCUCGGUCUGAUGAACUUACAAGGCAUUUUCGAAAACAUACUGGGAUUAAACCUUUCCAGUGCCCAGACUGUGACCGAAGCUUCUCUCGCUCGGAUCACCUUGCUCUACAUAGGAAACGCCACAUGCUAGUCUGAACACAUCCAUCUCCUGGAUCAACCCCCAUUUCUCCCACCUCUCGCCGUCUCCCUCCCUUUCUCUAACUCAUUUUUUUACAUGUACAUUUUAAUUUUGAUUCAGCUGGUCUGAAUCACUGAGUUUAUACCAUUAAAAACUUCCAUAUGGUCAGUAAUAGAUGGUAUCUAACCCUCCUUUCUCCUUACCACGGGUCAGACCUAAAGAAUGUGAACACUUUUUUUUUUUCUGGGGAUGCUAAGCAAACCCUUCCUAUAGACAUGUUUAAUGUACUGCAAAUAAGGGAAUAUGUAAAUUAACAUAGCCAUUUGUCGGUUUCUCCAUGUAUUCAGUCAUCAUAUAUUGACAAACCAGUAAAUGUAUUAGAAAUACAAUAUGCAGACUGCUAGUUCUUGCCAGAGAUCUUCAUGCUUUGUGACCUAGAAUCUUGUUUGAUGCUCUGCAUUGGAAAGAAUGGAACCUUCCUGACAUGAGUUAACUAGAACUGUGUGAGAUGAGAUGCUAUUAUGGUCAACUCUUCAUUAUUCUCAAGAGGUCCCACUUGUCAGAAGUUGGAUUUAUCGUCUCACCUAAAUUAUGUUCUUUGACGGUGUUUAUUGUCUCCACCUCCUGUAUUCAGCCCAGUAGAAAAUGUUUUUAAAAUGGGCAGGUGAGCUAGCGUUUCUCACUCAGUCUGGGGCAUCAGUCCUAGAGAGUGAAUGCCCUCUGCGUCCACCAUAAAGUGGGGAGCAAGGAGGAGUUGAGCAGGGGUGGGAAUCGAGGGGAGACCAGAAGGUCUGGAUAACCUGGUGUUGACUGCCUCUCCAACUCUGUUAUUUUAUUCGAAGUGCUUCAGACCCCCAGAACAUCAGACACACCAACAUUAGCAUGGGCCAGUGUACUGGCACACCCUGGGAAAGCAUUUUCAUCAGCCCUUAUGUUUCAUUUCAUGGCAAAGACGAAUGAGAUGCUCUCCCACUCCCUCACCCCUGGCCCUAGGGUCUUCCAACAUAGCCCAUGUUCUGUGUAUGCCUUUGCAUUUUCGUACCAUGAUAAAGCACAAAACCACCUGAGUUCUUUAACAUUGGGUCAUCGGUGCAACCAUAUGGAUGAAUAAUUGAAGAGUUGAUCAAGGUAACAGUGCAAAAGAAUACCUUCCUUAGCUUAGUAAUCUUUUGGGUUCCAGAUGGCGUCUUCCUGUAUCUGCGCAUAGCUUUUAAACAAUGAAAUAUUUAAAAACAAUAUUCCCAUAACCUAAUAGGUUACACACACAAUUUUAUGCAGAAAUGGGAUUCUGCAUAAGCUAUAAUGUGCCAACUUAGCGCUCAUCUGUGUUUAUAAUAAGCAUCCUAAAGAAGCAUCUGUUAAUGCUUUGGUAGAUUCAUUCAAUUUAAGACCUCUAAGUGACACUUUGUAAAUAUAACUGGUUAAUAUGAAGCACACACACACACACACAUACACACCAUACUUGUGUAACAGAUUUCCAAAUAAUUUAGCAAACCACCAUUCAGGGAUUCAUGUCUGUCCGUUCACGAUUACUCCCCUUAGUGACUAGCAUACUCAGAUUCCCAACAGGCUAAUGAUUGGAACUGGCAAGAUUCCAUCCAUACUAGGUAUCCUAACAGUGGGAUGAACAUUACCAAAGUCAUGACCUCUAUUUGAAUUGGAAUCGAAAUAAACAGCACCAAUCCCAUGAGGAAACUCUUCCUCAAAAGCUGGCUUUUGAGCAGUACUGUCACUAUUCUCAGAUAUUUGGGAGUACAAAUAAUCAUGUUCUAAAUUAGCAGGUAGGGGCACCCAGGACUAAAAGUGAACACCUACGAUCAGAUGUGUUUCUGUUCUUUGGCAGAAGUAGGGAGAGGAGAGGAGCAAGUGAAAAGUUUAUCCCUUGGUACCAUUCGACUGAUACUAAAAAAGGUAUAACUUAGGUUCAGUAACGACCAAAAGAAGGCUUGUGUAAUUCACCAUCUUGAAGAUUCCAUCACCUUUUGAAUCCUGCAUGAAUUACGUGGCACAGCCAGUUGCGAUUGUAGUAAACUAAGCCUUGGGAAAUCCGAGUCAUUUUCCGAGAAAUCAGAUAUGGAAUAAUUGUGUUUUUCAAAUCUCUGUACCCAAUUUCUCCAGCAUUGAUGACCCACCUUAAGAUGUUUUGGGAAUGAAUAUAUUAUCUUGGCUUAUCUGAAUUAUUUUGGGUUUUUUUCCUAAGUAGUGCAGAAUGUGAUUCAAUUUAGGAAUUAAAAAAAUGAAUUUGCAGUUUGAUUCCUCCUUCCCCUCCCCCCCAAAAAACAUGAAGAGGUCUGUUGUCAUGUGGAUGAUACCACAUUCAUGCCAGAACACCAGCUUGAAAUGCAGUUAACAUCCUCAAGAACCAAGAUGGAAUGGAAUACAAAGCUUGUCUGACCAAAUGAACGUAAUUUGUUGUGUUCUGCCCUCAAAAAAGUAACCUGUAUGAUUUUGUUACUUGUAUGGGUCUGUAUAAUAGAAUGGGGUACACUGAAAUUUGUGGUUUUCCUAUUUGGCAUUUUUAUGUUAGAAAUAGUGGACACAAGCUUUCGAAGAUAAUCAUCAAUGUUUUUAAUUCAUUUAGCAUUGGUUUGUUUCAGUAAUAAAGAACCAUCGACAACUAAUUGACUUCAAAAGGGAAGCAACCCUGAGACAUGAUUAUGUGUUCCCACGUUAUUCUCUGUAUCUUUAGUUUUAAUAUUUGGCCUUUUACCAAAUUCUUUAUAAAUAUUGUAUUUUACUAUCAUAGAUGAAAAUUCUAGUCUUAUAGCAAUUUUUAGCAGUUUAUUGUGGAAGGACUGAAAUACAGCAUAAUCUUGAAAUGCCCUUGAACAUAUUUUUAUGUUAUAUACCCUAUCGUUCUCAAUGGUGGUUUUAGUAACAACAUCCGUAAUCAAUUGUAAUUGUUUAUACAUGUGGAAUUUUUAAAAAUUCCAUUUGCUAUAGGAUUUCUUGAAUUACUUAAGUGUCAUGGGGAAGAAAUCAGGAAAUUGACAUUAAAUCUCUUUAAUAUUAGAGUUUUUAAAUGUGAAUCUACACCUUCAAUGGGCAUUAACUUUCUAAUGGACUUUUGGGUUGGGGAAUGUAUUAGCAGAAUAGCUACUACAUGCAACUAAGGAGAUGCUAAAUUAGCAGAAGGUUCUCUAGAGCCUUGAAACAGAUUCAUAGGCGAACUAGACGUAUAUUUUUUAAAAUGAAACACUGAUCUGCACUAUCAGUAUUGCACUAAUAAAGAAUUUUAGAUGAUUUUGCUGAUACUGUUUAGCCCUGUGUGUCUUUUGUGAUGAGUUUUCUUUUUUAAAGACAAUCUCUUCAAGGGAAGCAGGUUGGGCAAUGAUUUUGUUUGAAAAAUAUACCAUAGUUCUUGAUUAAUCCCUGGAGUACAUAAAGUUGGUCAGAGUAUGUUGUCUUCUUUCUCCUUUCAGUCAAGGUUAACAACUUCUAAAAUGACUGAAAGUUCUUCCUAAAAUAAAGCCAUUUUACAUGCAUUAAAGGAGGGCUACAACAAUGUUAUGUUUUACAAAUACUAGCACUUUUUUUUUCCCGCUAUUUAUGUACUUAAUGUUAGAGGGUCAAAAUAAUCUUUCUGCUUAGCAUCUCUGAAACCAUACCUGCCAAUAUAGCAGGAUUAUUACAUUUACAGUACUUUAAUACUUGUGUAAACUAUGCAGAAAUUUUUAAUAAAGUGUAAUAUAUUUUAUAAGCUAAUAAGACUGAAUGGGUAAAAGGUUUUUAGCAUGCAUUAGUAUAACUUGCAAAUACUGAAACAUUUUGGUAAUCUUUCUUACUAAAGAUGUGAAUGUUUAAUGUACCUUCACUGUUUCUACUUUGGUAGUCCAAUGGGAAUUCAGUAAUGACAUUUUGUCAUGUCAAACUGUGAACAUAAAUUUGUACUGUACAGUCCUCAUAUACUAUAUACCAUAUGCAAUAUAUGUAUUAUAAACUUGUUAAUAAAACCAUCUGAAUAUUAAA